CUCCCCCCGGACUCCCUAGGGAAUAUUGAGCUUAGCUCAACGGGAAUAAAUAACCCAUACCUAUAAAGGUCAAUCCUUUGGCAUUUGAAGUUACAUUAGAUGUUGGCCGAGGCCAUCUACCUCUCAUUUCUUUCUAAAGCCAGCUUCUCUUUGUAACAUUUACGAAUUGGCAUCUCUUUGUCUCAGAAAAACUAGUAAAUCAGCACGCUUCCGCUUAAUCUUGCGAGCUGUAGUCAAUCUGUUCGACACGUGGGAAACGUGCGGUGUAAGAAUCAUAACGUGUAAUCGUAACAAGAUGGUGUUUACCCCACCGGCUUGGGUGCCUCAGCUACCCUUUGACCCGCCAGACUCAAUUCCGAUUCACGAGUUCUGGAGCAGUGAGAAGUAUGGAAGACAACCACUCGCGAGGUCGCGAAACCCAUACACCUGCGGGAUUACGGGGAAGACAUACACAGCCGCCGAGAUGACCGAGCGCUACGAGCUCCUAGCUCGGUCACUGGCGAAGCGUAUGGGCUGGAGACCGAACGAGGAGACGCCUUGGGAUAAGGUGGUCGGCGUCUUCUCUUUCAACUCGAUUGACUACAUGAUGUCCACCUUCGCGGUACAUCGCCUGUCGGGCAUCGUAACACCAGCCAAUGCCAUGUACUCGGCAGCUGAGCUUGAACAUCAGCUCAAAUCAGCCGGCGUCAAAGCUUUGAUUACGUGCAUUCCGCUACUAGACACUACGUUGAAAGCGACGAGAGCAUGCGGCAUUCCGGAUGAUAAAGUAUUCAUUAUGCAAAUACCCGGAGAAUUUAAGCCGGUUCCUUUCAAGAGCCUUAACAGUCUCAUCGAUGAAGGUCGGACUUUAGCGGAGUUGGAGCCGCUGGCCUGGGCGAAAGGGCAAGGUGCCCGACAAGUUGCCUAUCUGUGCUAUUCUAGUGGCACUUCAGGUCUCCCUAAAGCCGUGAUGAUUGCGCAUCGAAAUGUAAUUGCAAAUAUGAUGCAGAUCCGAUGGCACGAAGAUCCAGGUAGAAGAGCCAAAGGCGUCGAAACUCAAGUCCAACUCGGCCUUUUACCGCUAAGUCAUAUCUACGGUCUGGUUGUAGUUUCACAAGGCGGAACAUAUCGGGGAGACGCCGUAAUCGUCUUACCGAAGUUUGAGCUGAAGACUCUACUGGAAAUUAUCCAAAGAUACAAGAUCAACUUCAUGCAUAUUGUACCUCCGAUAGUCAUCCAAAUGUUACGGAACCUAGAGCUAUGCGCCAAGUAUGACUUGUCCAGCGUCCGAAUGGUGUACACAGGGGCCGCACCGCUUGGCGCCGAAACACAUGAAGACAUGAUAAAGGCUUUCCCAUUUUUGAAUGUCGGCCAGGGCUAUGGCAUGACGGAAACGAGUACGGUUAUCACGAGCACUGGCGAGAAUGAUGUGAUGAUUGGUACAUCGGGAUGCCUAGCACCUGCUUGUCGAGCUAAACUGAUAGGCGAAGAUGGCAAGGAGAUCACGGAAUAUGAAAAGCCUGGCGAACUCUGGGUCCAGUCGCCCUCGGUUACAUUGGGCUACUUGAACAACGAGAAGGCGACCUCUGAGGCUUACGUGUGGGAUGAUGACGGCCGCUGGAUGCGGACGGGAGACGUGGCGGUUGUGCGAAAGUCGCCGGCUGGAUACGAGCACAUCGCGGUGGUGGAUCGCUUGAAGGAGUUGAUCAAGGUCAAGGGUCAUCAAGUUGCACCGGCGGAGCUUGAGGCUCAUCUCCUCAGCCACCCGAGUGUUAACGAUUGCGCGGUUAUCCCGGUACCGGAUGAAGGAUCCGGGGAAGUGCCGAAGGCUUUCGUCGUUAAAUCCGCCUCAGUAGCCUCGAAGCCGGACGAAGAAGUCGCACGGGAAAUCGGCAAGUGGGUUGAGGAGCACAAGGCCAGGUAUAAGUGGCUGAAGGGUGGGAUUGAAUUUAUCGAUGCGAUACCCAAGAGCCCGAGCGGAAAGAUAUUAAGAAGAUUCUUAAGAGAUAGGGAAAAGGAGACGAGAAGAGCCACUGGAGCGAAGCUGUGAGAACUGCUUGAUGGUAAUAGAUGUGGGCUCUCAUUGUAGGUAGGCGUUGUUGUCAGACUGUACACUUUCACCGAUAGAUUUAUACGCGGAACAAUUUAUAGCUUUUUAGACCAU